AUGAACAGGCAGGUUAAAACGAGAACGUUUUCACCAAAAGCCUGCAACUCCUGUGUAGAGUCCAUUGAGGGCAUGGUUUCUCAGAGGAUGGGAGUUCAUGUGAUAAAGGUUUUGUUAGCAGAGGAGACAGGAACAAUAACUUUUGACCCAUCAAUUACCAAUCCUGAAGACUUGAGAGCCGCCAUAGAAGAGAUGGGGUUCGAUGCAUCCAUCUCUGGAUGUUAUCCUCAAGUGUUGCUCAUCCUUGCACCAAUCCAGCAAUUUGCAGACAAACUAAGUGGAUAUUUUGUCCCAUUCAUCAUCUGUGUUUCAGUUUCAACAUUAGUAGUCUGGCUCAUCACUGGUUUUGUGAAUUUCGACAUUGUGGUUCACUAUUUUCCAGGUUACAACAAAAAUAUCCCCAAGACAGAUGUGAUUGUCCGGUUCGCAUUCCAGGCCUCCAUCACAGUGUUGUCUAUUGCCUGCCCCUGUGCCCUGGGCCUGGCCACCCUGACUGCUGUGAUGGUGGGCACUGGCGUGGGCGCUCAGAAUGGAAUACUGAUUAAGGGAGGAGAACCUUUGGAAAUGGCACACAAGAUAAAGACGGUGAUGUUUGAUAAAACAGGAACCAUCACGAACGGUGUCCCCAAGGUGAUGAGAGUGCUGAUGAUAUCGGACACAGCGCAGCUGCCCCUGAAGAAGGUGCUUGCAGUGGUGGGCAGCGGCGAACAUCCACUGGGAAUGGCUGUAACAAAGUAUUGCAAGGAGGAGACUGGGGGUGCUGCAGCUUCUCACACCUACUCUGUCUUCAUUGGAAAUCGGGAGUGGAUGAAGGGCAAUGGUCUACAUGUUUCAAAUGAUGUGGAUGAAGCCAUGUCUAGCCAUGAAAUGAAAGGGCAAACAGCAAUUUUAGUGGCCCUAGAUGGGAUCCUGUGUGGGAUGAUCGCAAUAGCUGACACUGUCAAACCGGAAUCUGCCCUGGCUAUCUACACUCUGAACAGCAUGGGGAUUGAUGUGGUCCUGAUCACCGUGGACAACAGGAAAACUGCCAGAGCCAUCGCUACUCAGGUGAGAAUUAACAAGAAAUUUCCUACUUUUAUUCUUCCUUCUCAAAAGGUGCAGGAGCUGCAGGAGCAGGGGAGGAAGGUGGCGUUGGUGAGCGAUGGGGUGAACGACUCCCCGGCUCUGGCCAGGGCUGACGUGGGUAUUGCCAUCGGGACUGGAACCGACUUGGCUAUUGAAGCAGCAGACAUAGUGCUCAUUAGGAAUGAUUUAUUGGAUGUCGUGGCCAGCAUAGACCUAUCCAAGAAAACAGCCCAAAGAAUAAGAGUUAAUUUUGUCUUUGCUUUAAUUUUUAACUUAGUUGGAAUACCAAUUGCUGCAGGUGUUUUUAUGCCUGUGGGCCUGGUACUGCAGCCAUGGAUGGGAUCAGCAGCUAUGGCAGCUUCUUCAGUCUCUGUUGUGGUUUCCUCGCUCUUACUGAAACUGUAUGUAUCAGUGCAUCCCAAUAUACUGCAUAUAUAUGUUAAUAAAAUUCUAGGUAAUUCUAAACCUUUGGCCAUAGCUGAACACACUGGCCUCGGCGAUCAAAACAGUUUAAGUGACCUUUCUGCCUUCAAGGCCCUGCCCUUCUGAAAUAAUGGUGUAGUUUUGAAGAAUUUGCCAGUUUGAGGCCAAAUGUUUCACCCUGUACUAUACUCCAUAAUCAUCAAGCAAAUAGAAUUAAUG